GAACAGCAAAAGGAUGCCGAGCUGGCGGACCGGCGCGUGGUCUGCGCUGAGGACCUUGUACGGUUCCAUCAAGAGCAGAGGAGGAUGAUGGCAAGCCACUGGAAGCAGCAGUGCCAAAUGAAGGAUGAGCGGAUCCGUUACUUGAACCUCCAGCUGACCGAGUACACGAUUGACUGGCAGCAGCUGGGUGUCCAGAGACAAACCGAGGCCAGCCUCUCCCACGAGCAUUACUGCCUCGAGGACCGCCAUCGGCACCUCCUGCAGACCCAGCGGGAUCUUGCAACAGAAACUUCAAGGCUGGAGGCACGCUUAGAAGAGGCCAAAGUGGAGGAAGUGCGGCUCACUGAUGAGCUGCGACUUGCCGAGGCCAGCCUUGACAGAGCAAGCCGCCAAAGCUGUGGCAUGGAGGCAGGUCUUGAUGCGGCGGAGCCACGAUGUGUCCCACGCUGGAAGGACCUCGUCCAAGCGCCCAAGUCUCAUCGGUGCAUCUGGCGAGAUGAGUUGGACGUAAGGGAAACCCAGCUGGAGAAGAUCACCGCGCAGCUAGAGCGCACGGACAGCGCGCUUAAGGGCGCCCAGGUUGCCUUGGCCUCGCAACGAGCAAAGCAUCAGGAGAUGAAGACCCGCCAUGGGGAUGCUGAGUCGAAACUGCGCGAGAGCGAACGCCUCCGAGUCCAAAGCCAACGUCGAUGCCAGGAGCUAGGCAGAGCUGAGGCUGCCAUGCUCCGCCUGCUGGAGGCCGUGGAAGCUCAUGGCCCGAACACUCCAUCAGGUCCGUCAGCUCCACCUCUGCAGACUGAGUCAAGCUCAAGCCUGCCCGAGUCGUGA